ACUAAAAACACUUAUUUAGUUAAUUAGUUACUAUUAUUAUUAUUAUUAUUUUACACAAAAAUGUUGGCCGAUCUCUAUGACCUAAUCUGUACUAUCGAUCGUACAGUUUAUAUAACUGGUUCCAUAUCGACAACUGUUGUCAUACUAAUUGCUUAUUUGACAUAUAAGCUAUAUAUGCCCAGCGAUUUGCUUGCUGAUAUGAGUUCAAAACAAUGGAAUCCACGACAAUUGGACAGGUAUUCAGAGGAUGAACUACCGCUACCCCAACCAUUCGGUUGGUUUGCAGUGUUUGACUCGUGGACAUUGAAACCAAAUGAGGCCAAACCUGUAUCGUUGUUUGAACACCAGUUGAUUGUAUACAGAAAUAUGUCCGGUUUGGUGCACGUGCUGGAAAUAUGUGAAAAUUCAAACUCAAUACCAGACAUAGAGACCCGUGUUUGGCAGUCCAUGGAAAUGGAUAAUCUGAUUAUGGUUUGGUAUCAUCCGAAUAACCAGAAGCCAGAUUGGCUACCGUUUCCCAUGAAGUUAAUGGUUGACAACACAUUUGAAUAUAGAGGAAAAUGCAAUCUAAUUGCCAAUUGUUGUAUCCAGGAGUUUCCCGAAAAUGCUGCCGAUUUUGCCCAUUUCAACACGGUACAUUUGCCUACUGAAGUACUCGGUAUUGUCAAAUGGAAAGGUAUGGGCGCCAAACUGUGGGACUGGAUUACCAAACAUGUCUAUUAUAAAUGGACACCACUUAGCUAUGAUGUCUAUCCGUCACCCAAUGGACACAUGUCUAUCCAGAUUACUAGUGCUACCUAUCAUGCAUUUGGCCGGAUAUUUGCCGAAUUUACUAUCGAUAUGUUACAAAUAGGACCGGCUUUGGCUCACGUGACCACCAAAUACACACUGUUUGGUAUGGAUUUUACAACAAUACUGGUGACCACUGUUACCCCAUUAGGACCCUAUCGUAACAGUUUCUGUCACAGACUUUAUAUGAAACCGGGAUUUUUGAGACGUGUUUUCGCAAAAAUAUUUAUCAAAACUGUUGACAUUAUGUUGUCACGUGACGUACUGAUUUGGAACGACAAAAAAUACUUACGAAAACCAUUGUUUACGAAAAAUGAGAACAGCUUGGUCAAAUUUAGACGAUGGUAUAAACAAUUUCUAAUUAAUGAUCAUGAUGAUUAAAU